GAUUCGGAGAAAAAGUUUGAAAGGAACAAGAGAGCUCCAGCAGCCGGCGGUCGACGGAAAAAGAGCUAGAAAGAGGGAAACGACCCGGACCGUGAGGAUUUUUAUUGCUGGCCCUCGAGCCACUGGGCGCGCGCCUCCUGCCUUGUGUACGUGAUCUCGUGGAUUAAAUGAGUUUGAACUCGCGAUGAGGAGUGAGCCCAUUCUAUUCGCUUGCAGCAGGGCAAUGGAGGAGCUAGUGACCGAGCUUCGCCUGUUCCUGGACCUGUUGGACAGAGAGUAUCUGAGUGCUGGAGUCCGAGAGAAGAAGGUCCACCUCUCCCACAUCCUGCACCGUGUGCUUUCAGACAAAGAACCUUCAUUUAAAUCUGACAUCCACAGUGGUUUGCCAGCCCCACCUCAGAUGCCCCUGCCAGAGAUUCCUCAGCCAUGGCUGGCUCCAAACAGCGACCCUCCUCCUCUGCCCAGCUCCUCUCUUCCAGAAGGUUACUAUGAGGAAGCAGUUCCCUUAAGUCCUGGAAAGGCUCCUGAGUACAUUACCUCUAACUAUGAUUCCGAUGCCAUGAGCAGUUCCUAUGAAUCAUACGAUGAAGAAGAGGAAGACGGGAAGAGUCAGAAGAUGCGUCACCAGUGGCCAUCUGAAGAGGCAUCCAUGGACCUUGUGAAAGAUGCUCGUAUCUGUGCUUUUCUGUUGCGCAAGAAACGCUUCGGCCAGUGGACUAAACUUCUGUGUGUCAUCAAAGACAACAAACUAUUGUGCUACAAAUCUUCUAAAGACCAGACCCCACAGAUGGAGCUCACUCUGUCAGGAUGCAGCAUCAUGCACAUCCCCAAAGAUGGCAGGAAGAAGAAGCACGAACUGAAGAUUGUCCACCAAGGAGCAGAUGCCCUGGUGCUGGCAGUGCAGAGCAAAGAACAGGCUGAGGAGUGGCUCAAGGUGAUGAGGGAGGUGUGUGUGAAUGGAAGUGCAGACCUCGAUGGAGCUGCAUCUGGAUUACCUGUCCUCAAAGCAGAACUGGAGAAGAGAACAUCUGACCGGCCUAGCUCAGAUGGUGAAGCAACCCAUGAGAAUGGACACAGUGAUGGCAAAGACCAAGAUGUGUCAGUCAGCAGCUCUGACCCCGAUAUCAGAAUAAUCCCUCCUCCCUGUCCCAGUGAAAGAGGAAAAGCAAAGAAAAACUCCAAAUCAGAGCAGAAAACUGGGACUGUUGGAAAGGGAGCCAGCAAGAAGAUCACCAAGAUCAUCAGCCUGGGGAAGAAGAAGCCAUCCACAGAUGAACAGACUUCAUCUGCAGAGGAAGAUGUUCCCACCUGUGGCUAUCUGAACGUGCUGUCCAAUAACCGUUGGCGUGAGCGCUGGUGCCGCCUGAAAGACAACCAGCUACUCCUCCACAAAGACCGUGACGACCUGAAGAGCCACAUCGCCUCACUGCCCCUUCGAGGCUGCGAGGUCAACCCCGGCCUCGACCACAAACACCCUUUCGCUUUCCGCCUCCUUCGUAAUGGCCAGGAGGUGGCGGUGCUGGAGGCCUCCUCCUCUGAGGUGAUGGGGCGUUGGUUGGGGGUGUUAUUGGCCGAGACUGGCUCUACCACUGACCCAGCCACCCUGCACUAUGACUACAUUGAUGUGGAGACCACCGCCAAUGUCAUUCAACUAGCCAAGCAGUCCUUUUGUUUCACUAGUAAACGUGCCAUCUCUCCCAAUCCAUACCUUGAUAGCCACGUCAAUGGUUAUGCCUGUCCUUCUGGUAUGGCUCUACACUAUGAUGAUGUGCCUAUAAAUGGAAUGUUCAAGGGAAAGAAGGGAGCCAGUAUCAAUGGAGUGGCUUCCAAACAGAAGGCUGAGCCAAAGAGUCAGGCCAAGAAGAAUGGAGUCAGUGGGUUGGCAUCUGUGAAACGCAACAACUCCAAUGCAGAGCAGUGCAAGUACGGCAAAAACCGUGUCGAGGCAGAUGCCAAGCGGCUGCAGGCCAAAGAGGAGGAGCUGAUGAAAAAGAAACAGGAGAUCAGGAACCAUCUGAACCAGUUGAAGAAGGAGAGGAGAGACCUGCGCACUGCCGUGGAGGGGGCUGCAGGCAAACGUUCACAUGCAUCUCUGCUGGAGCGCUUGAAGAAGGUGGAAGACGAGUGCAAGCUGAAGGAGGAAGAGAGAGUGAACCUGGAGCUGGAGGCAACAGAGGUCAAGGAGAGUCUGAAGAAAGCUCUGAGCGGAGGAGUGACCCUGGGCCUCACCAUUGAACCCAAAGCUGCCUCCUCAGACCUGCAGUCUCCAGCCAUGCUGCGGAGAACACAGGAGUCUUCUCACUUCUCCAGCUGCGACACCAGCGACACAGAGUCCUGUACACUGCCAGUCAACAGCGCAUCGCUACUGCGCCGGCAGCAGAGUAGCCAGAAGCCAUCAACGGUCAGAGGACAUGUGCUGAGGAAGGCCAAGGAAUGGGAGCAGAAGAGCGGCUCAUAAACCUCUGAAGUCUUCACAUCGACCCUGCUUCCACUCCUUUCUGCUGCAGAAAUUGUGUAUAUAUUUAUUUAAGACUGCUCAUACAGACAGAGUGUGUGCCCAGUAAGACACAGGGAUAUCAUUAUCACCAGCUAAAACAAGAGACAAUGUUUUAUACACCAUACAUAUCACUACACAGCUUUUUAGCAUGAUUAGUGUGCCAAGUGAUCCCAUCAAGAGCAGCCACAUUUCUUACUAAAAAAUUCUGAUGCAGUUUUAAAGAAACAAAACUAAGUAUUUAUUUGUAUAUUUUAAAGGAAAUACUGACUUUCCCAUUUUUUAUUUAUGCUGAAUAUUUUUAAGGGUUUUUUGUUGGGGUUUUUUCUUGUUGUUUUUUUUUUUAAAUUUGUGACUCUUGACAAGCAAAUUUUUUUUUUGAAUUCGUGGAGCUGUGUCAAUCAGGGUCACAACAGAAGAACACAUGAGAUAACAAUGAAACUUCCUUACAGAGCAUAAAAAAAGAAACUGAAUUACUUCUUGCUGUCACAACACUAAAGAUUGGAAGACCUUUGACUGGAGGUGCAUUACCAUUAGUUUUACAACACAGAAGGGGCAGAAAAUUGGGUAAAAAGCAUAAUAGAAUUUUGGGUUCACUUACUUUUCUUCAACAACAAUUUCGAAACAAAUCUGCCUCAAUUUUGAGUAAACUUGAAAAAACUAGCAUGUCUAGAAAAGGCUGAGGUGAUGCGCAAUGCCUGGAGAGAUAGUUUUACAAGCACUUAUCACAGCAUCCAACAGUAGCUGCAUUUCCAUUAUCCAGGAAAUUGUGCAAACUGAAAUUACGAAAAUAAAUAUGCUUAAUAGAAGCAUGCCGAUUUUUAAAAAGCUCAUGUUUUUCAAUAGUUUUUGCUUUACGGUAAGAUGGUUUUUUGGCCAUAUUGAAAUAGUUGUAUCUUGCAGAACUGCAAUGGAAAACUUUUGUCGCAUCAUAUGAGUCAAUUUAACAACAGUCUUAUGUUGCCACUGGCAAAAAAAAUGACACAAGUGGUAGGAGGAUGAUAGUCUAUUUGUUUUUUUUUUGGACAAUGUUCAGCUGGCUUCACCAGAGCUCUCACAGCAUCACACAGUCCAUAAAUACUUGUGUGUCAUUCAAAUGUGUUGAAUCCAUAGCUCUUCUGUGAAAUUGCCAAGUACAAUUUCCCAAAAAUAUUGCAGACGCAGCUGUUCCCAGGUGUAAGGGGUUUGUCGCUCCGAUGACUGAAUAAGACGCCAAGGUCUACUCUAAUGGCCGAUAGACGAGUGCUAGCACCAUGUCUGAAAUAUGAAUAUAUUUUAUGUUGUUGUAUACAUCUGUCACUGCCGUGAUUUUUUUUAAUGAUUUAUCUUGUGAACAAGCUUAUUCACUUGUGAUUUUAAUUUCAUGUCUUGUUUAAUGAGAACAUUGCAUUUGAGAAAUUAUUAGCAGAAUAUGGAGAAAGAUUUGGUACAUUUGUAAUGGAAACACAACUAGUUAAUGUGAUGCUAAAAGACAUGCACGCUUGAAAAAUAUAAAAAUUUGCAAGUUUGCAGUUGGAGCUAUAAACAUUGCUGCAAGCUUGCAUUGCUAGCAAUAAAAAGUAGAGAAAAACAAGAGCCCAACUGGAAGUAAUUACCGGCUCUACUUCUCUACUCACUUUUUCAAAGAGUCCUUGAACUGUUCUCCCAUACACUUUACAUAUAACUGGUAUGUUUUUUAUGCAAAGAUCAAUGUCUUUAGCUACUUAACUAUGUCUGUUUGGGUUACUUCUUCUAAUUUGUCUAAUUUGAUACAGGUACCCCUUGGCAGUCAACAACUAUCACGGAUCAGCUGUACUGAUAGUACAGUACAGCUGAUCCAAUUGUUGUAAAUGUAAUAUUAGCAGCAUGCAACGUAAUUCAGUAGGUCCAUGUGGUCAGAUGCUAAAAUGAUAUGGACUCUCUGGUAACUGCCUGUAAUGCCACCACUAAUGCUCUUUAGUAACUAUUCUUCAUGGACCAGCCUUUUACAAACUGAUGAUUUCCUAAUAUAUGUGUAAUGGGAAA